GCUCUUCCUCUUUCCUCUCCUGCUCGUGCUGCACCCCGCAGCGCCCCAAAGCAGGAGAACAAAAAACAACCCUAAACUCAAACGCACCGUUUCCUUCCCUUCCCCUCUGCCAUGCCGUCCCUCGUUCCGCUCCCCAACGACGCCGUUCCGAGCAAGUCCCCAAAGGACAAGACAAAGAAGAAAGAGAAGAAGAACAAGAGCGACGCCGUUUCGGAGUCGAAGAAGCGCAAGAAGCGUUGGGGCGAUGAAGAGGAGGAGGAGCCGCAGAGGAGCGAGACCAGCUCCGAGCUGGUGGAGCCCGCCGACGAGGGUUUGAAAUCGGUUAAGAAGAAGGCGAAGAAGGUUGCGGUGGAGGAUGAAGAAGAAGUUGCCAAGGGUGAGGAUCCGAACUCGGUUUCCAAUUUCAGGAUUUCGGAUCCCUUGAGGGAGAAGCUGAAGCAGAAUGGGAUCGAGUCGCUGUUCCCCAUUCAGGCCAUGACCUUCGACACCAUUCUUGAUGGUUCCGAUUUGGUUGGUCGCGCUCGCACCGGUCAGGGUAAAACUCUGGCUUUUGUCUUGCCCAUAUUAGUGUCUUUGACAAAUGGCCCAGCUAAAGCUGCAAGAAAGACAGGUUAUUCAAGGCCUCCAAGUGUCCUUGUGCUUUUGCCUACUAGGGAAUUGGCCAAUCAGGUUUAUGCUGAUUUUGAAGUUUAUGGCUCCGUGAUGGGAUUGAGUUCUUGCUGUUUAUAUGGUGGGACGCCAUAUUACAAUCAAGAGGUUAAUCUUCGAAGAGGUGUUGAUAUUGUUAUUGGAACACCUGGUCGUGUAAAGGAUCAUAUAGAGAGGGGUAACCUUGACCUAAGCCAUCUAAGGUUCCGUGUCCUUGACGAGGCAGAUGAGAUGCUGAGGAUGGGCUUUGUUGAAGAUGUUGAACUCAUUCUAGGUAAUGUGAAGGAUGUUGCUAAAGUUCAGACACUUCUUUUUAGUGCCACUUUGCCAGCCUGGGUUAAGCAAAUUUCUGCGAAGUUUCUGAAACCAGAAAAGAUUACUGCUGAUCUCGUUGGGAAUGAGAAAAUGAAGGCUAGCGCCAAUGUUAGGCAUAUUGUUCUUCCAUGUCUCAGUUCUAGCUUGUCCCAGCUUAUACCUGACAUUAUUCGUUGUUAUAGCAGUGGAGGCCGGACAAUUGUAUUUACUGAAAAAAAGGAGACAGCCUCUGAGCUUGCAGGGUUGUUGACUGGAGCAAGGGCUCUCCAUGGUGACAUACAACAGUCCCGACGGGAGGUUACACUGUCAGCUUUUAGAUCUGGGAAAUUCAUGACAUUGGUGGCCACAAAUGUGGCUGCUAGAGGUCUGGAUAUUAAUGAUGUUCAAUUGAUUAUCCAGUGUGAGCCUCCACGGGACGUAGAAGCCUAUAUCCAUCGAUCUGGGCGCACAGGAAGAGCUGGUAAUACUGGAGUUGCUGUAAUGCUUUAUGAUCCCAGACAAUCGUUUAAAAUAUCUAAAAUAGAAAGGGAAUCAGGUGUGAAAUUUGAACGCCUAUCUGCCCCUCAGCCUGGUGAUUUUGCCAAAGCUGCUGGUGAGAAAGCUGUUGCAGAAGUGCUUAACCAAGUGUCUGAUAGUGUGAUUCCUGCAUUCAAGUCUGCUGCUGAGGAGCUUUUGAACAAAUCUGGUUUAUCAGCUGUUGAGUUACUAGCAAAAGCUCUUGCCAAGGCUUCUGGUUUUACUGAAUUUAAGAAAAGAUCACUUCUGGCUUCCAGGGAGAAUUAUGUUACCGUUCUUUUUAAGAUGGGAAGACCUAUGUUUUCCCCAAUGCAUACACUUGGACUCCUGAAGAAAUUCUUGCCCGAGGAGAAGGUUGGGGCAGUGCAAGGUCUUAAUUUCACUGCAGAUAAAAAUGGUGCCGUUUUUGAUGUACCGGCCGAAGAUUUAGAUGCAUUUGUUGCAGGUGUGCAGAGUGACCCUAGUUUAAGCCUAGAGGUGCUGAAAGCAUUGCCACCUUUGGAGGAAAGAGGCGAUUCCAGAUUUGGUGGUGGUCGCUGGAAUAAUAAUGGUAGAGGUGGCGGGAAUAGAUUCUCCCGUGGCAGGGGUGGUGGAUUUUCUGGUGGGAAUAAUAGGUCUUCAAAAGGUUUUAGAGGUGGUAGAGGUAAUGGUGGAAGGAGUUGGUGAAGUUAAGGGACUUGGAGUGCUCUCUAUUUGCUCAACGUGUUAUGUCUUGUGCAUUUCAUACGGGUGCUGCGGUGGGAGACUGGGGAUACAUUGGUAUCUUCACCUUUUUUCCCCACGUUUUCUUCUUUUUAAUGUUCACUGUUAUCCCUUUUAAUCCCAAUUUUGACUGGGGAAUGUAAGAAUUUAGGUUUGUGUGAUUAAAAAUACAAGGGAAAAAAAAAGUCAUUAGAAGAAAUUAGGUAUGUCAUGCUUGUUAGGUGAAAAUUUCUAUGGUUAUAAUUAGUUAAUUACUGUGCGUCAUUAUUGACAAAUCAGCCAGAGUUUUUUGAUUCUAUUUACAACCUUCAUGUCAUAGGCUGCUGUGAUGUUAGAAGUGGUAUGUCCAUCGGUUUUGACAAUUUGUCACGUGUUUAAUGGUGGCUUGAUUCUCUCCAUUACCAUCAAUAUGUACAUCUUAUCAUAAGUUAUCAAAACUCAACAAUAAUAGGAUAAUCAAAAUAGGAAUACAAAUAAAAACAGUACUAUUUGAUUU